AUGAUCAGGAAAAAAACUAGAAGAUCCGACGGUUCGUCGAAGAGGAAGAAGAAGAAGAAAAAGAAGAACCGCGUCGUAUCUUCCCACCAACAGCAGCAGAAACAGAAGAAGAAGAAGAAGAAGAAGAAGCAGAUAUUUCCAGUUCCACGACUAAUACGCCUUGGAUCCAGGCCAAACUUGGUUUUAUGAUGAUGCUAAUUCUGGUUGUUUACAGUAAUCCUUGAGUUGGUUUGGGAGCUUGGAUACGGUUACCAUAUAAAAAAAUAUUUAAAAUCGAAGGUUCUUUGUUUUUUUGGAGGGCAAUUUUUCCUCGAUUUCUGGGUGGCAAAUCAAAAAGUUCGCUCAAAUUUUCCAUUGAAAACUUGAAAAAAAUCCACCGAUUUCAAUACAAUUUCCCUCCACAGAACCGAAAACAAGUCUUUAAACACAGCCUAAAAAAAUCAAAAAAACCCAUGGCUCCUCAAGAAUUUUUAACGAUUAUUGAAAUCUAGAAACUCAACUUUGGCGUUAGUUUUAAGUAUAUUUUUAAUAAUAUCAAUAAACCUCAAUUUGAAACAAAAAAAUUCCUAAAUUUUUCGGCUCUUUUUUUGCUCCUACAGUUUACAAGCUUCCGAUACCAAUCGUGAUUUUUAAGCGAAAUUUUGAUUAGAGCGCUAUUUCUGCAGGAAAAUUAUACAUAAAACUCUAAAAAAAACUUUAGAAAUAAUAAAAAGUUCGGGUCUUUCGGAAAAAUUCAUCUGGGUUAUUAAAGGCGCAGAGACGAUUUUUCCAAUCGAUGAAUCGAGGCGAAGAGCUUCUAUUAUCAUUAUUUUAGGACAAAGCUUUCAAAUAAGCCUGCAGCUCAACACAAAAUUCCAAUUUUAAAACAGUCUUAUCUCUAAAAACCGUCAUGAUUUCGCGUCUAAUCUCCGCAUUUGGUACGAAUCUCAUCGGCUCAUUUCAUUCCGGUUCAAUUUUCAAGCCAAUCGAGCCAACCAUCUGUCUGAAAAGGCUCGAAUGUGUGCAACGAGGGCCUGGAAACCAUUUGCGGAAAAACGCCGGCGGCGGCGGCCCAAAGACCCGCGAAAUAGCACUGGAGCGCGUCGAGACGCAGGCAUUUGCAAUGCAAAUUUCCGACGGCCGCCGCCGUCGUUUCUGCAAAAGCCUCACGGACCGCUCGGGGCUCAGAAAAUGA